CCAUUCGUUGUGCGACACCACAGAAAAAGACCUUUGAAAACAACAUGUCUGCGCGCAGAGCACUAGCAGUGUGCAUGCUGUGAAAGUGAACCUCCCUUUAACCCGCGAAAUAUUAAUUUCUGGCUUUUCUUAGGCCUCUACGUUUAAUGAUUAUUGAUGCUGAAUUUUGCUUAAAAGCUCAGGUUUCCAGAAAUAAUGUCUACCCCAGCGAAAGGGGCAAUGAAGAAAGAAAAAAAGAAGCCUAUUCCAGUGAAAACAUCUCUGAUUAGCCCAUACAGACCAAGCUGGAGACCUCUGGGGGAAAAGAGAGACAAGAGUUUCAUACUUAACACGCUGAAAGACAAAAUAUCCGCUAUUGGGCUUCAGAAACAACGUGUCAAUAGGUUUCGAGAGUGGGGAAGUAGAAGGAGGUCAAGAAAAAAUGCAUCAAAUCCCACGGAGGAAACAAAACUUGCUCCUGAACCCGCAGGGAAUUUACAACCCCUCUCUAAGCCCACCGAACCGUGCUGGACCAACCCGGCCGUCAGGAAACAACUGGCAAUUGGCAUCAACGAGGUCACCAAGGGUUUGGAGAGGAAUGAGCUGAGUUUGGUGCUCGUGUGUGAUUCGGUCAGGCCAGAACACAUGACGUUGCAUUUAAUCCCGCUGAGUAAUACGAGGUCGGUGCCCGCCUGCCAGGUGCCCGGUCUGAGCGACAGUCUCUCGGGGCUGCUGGGUCUCAAGUGCGUUCUGGCGCUGGGAUUCAAACGCGGCGCCGAAGCGUUCGAGGAUGUGGUCCGCGCGAUCACGCCCGUGGUUCCGUCGUUCAACGUAGAUUGGAAUCCGUCGGAAUUAACACCGAAAGCCAAAGAAAGCCACUCCGAUACAGAAAAGGGACUGAAGAGGAAAUUGGAAGAUAAAUCGGAUGAAGCCAGUGACGCCUCUUCUUUAAUCCUCCAGCCUCUGAAAGUGAGGAAAACCAUCCCGAAUCCCACAAAAAUUAGAAAACCGAAAAAGAAAGGAAAGCAAUAGUUCUUAUCAAGUGUUUAGCAUGAUUACUAUUUAGGUUGUUUGGACACAUUUUAAGUGUUUGGUUAUUUACAAAAGUUUACGUGAUGGUUAUGGAGAGGGAAAAGACCCAGGUGGAUUGUUUUUGGAUGCUUUUAUUCAGUCAAAUAUCCAUGCUGGUAUACCUUGAUGUAUAUUUUUGACAAGUAAUUAUUUGGGUGGACUGUCAUGUUUGACAUGGUGCUGGUACGUAAUCCCAUUAGUUCCAACCUGCAAUGAAGUUCAAUAAAAAUACUGUCUUCAGAAAGAGAAACCCGAUCAUUUAAAACUACACAAUUUGACAUUUAAAAAACAACCUCUCCGAAAAAAAGGCAAUUACUUUGGGUGUUCUCGCCUUAACCCAUAAGUUUUAAUCCAUACAGGGGAGGAAGUUUCAUGCUUAUUUCAUACAGCAAGCCUUAAAAAAAAAAAAAAAAAAAAA